CGAUCUUUAUCAAGAAAAGGGAAAUGGGAGAGGUCGAUCCGGCCUUCAUACAAGACGUCGAGCAUAGGCCCAAACUCGCCGCCACACAAGCCGAAGGCGUCCCGCUCAUCGACCUCACCGCCCUCACCGGCUACUCACCCUCCGGCGGCACGUCGGCUGCCUCCUCCGCCGCCAUCGAAGGGCUCGUGGCGGAGAUAGGGGAGGCGUGCGAGAAGUGGGGGUUCUUCGCAGUGGUGAACCACGGGGUGGCGGAAGAGAAGAGGGAGAGGAUAUGGCGGGAGGCGGGGGAGUUCUUCGGGCGGGGUUUGGAGGAGAAGAAGAAGGUGAGGAGGGACGAAAGGAAGGUGUUGGGGUACUACGAGAUGGAGCACAUCAAGAACGUGAGGGACUGGAAGGAGGUCUUCGACUUAACGGUGCAAGAGCCGACACUCGUCCCGGCCUCGCUCGAGGACGGCGAAGUGGGUGUCACUGAGUGGACCAAUCAGUGGCCUGAGUACCCUCCUGGAUUAAGGGAAGCAUGCGAAGAAUACGCACAAGAAUUGCAGAAACUCGCGUACCAGUUGAUGGGACUGAUAGCUCAGAGUCUGAGCUUGCCCGCGAACAGGUUUGACGAAUUCUUCAGGGACCAGACCAGCUACCUCCGGCUCAACCACUAUCCGCCCUGCCCUGCGCCGCACCUCGCUCUGGGCCUGGGCCGCCACAAGGACGCAGGGGCGCUCACCAUUCUGGCUCAGGACGAAGUCGGAGGCCUCGAGGUGAAGAGGAAGAGUGAUGGGGAGUGGGUCCUAGUCAAGCCUGCCCCUGAUGCCUUCAUUAUCAAUGUUGGCGACAUUAUUCAGGUUUGGAGCAACGAGAUGUACGAGAGCGUCGAGCACAGAGUGACGGUGAACUCGGAGAAAGAGAGGUUCUCGAUUCCGUUCUUCUUCAACCCAUCACAUUAUACCAUGGUGCAGCCAUUGAAGGAAUUAACGGAUGAGCGCAACCGUCCCAAGUACAGGCCGUACAACUGGGGCAAGUUCUUGGUCACUCGUAAAGCGAGCAACUUCAAGAAGCUUGACGUUGAGAACCUCCAGAUUGACCAUUUCAGGAUCUAUCCAACAAUAGAAUCUCCAAAUAAUGACCAUCUAUUGUGCUGAAAAGAAAGGAGUUAUGGAGCGU